AUGUCAAUAUCUUGGUCAGCCUUGCGCUCGUCAUGAAAUCUAAGUUACCUAAUCAAACUAACCUUGUUGUUAUCAUGGCAAAGGUAAAGGGACCCAUGCUUCCUACAUAAAAGGCCCGAGAGGAGACCAAAGAACGAUAAACUGUAGGAAGCAUUCAAACUGAUCACAAUGCUGAGAAUUUUGUGUGGAAUCGCUCUCGUGAUUGUGACAGCUACUGCCUUUCCAAACCUUCAAGAAAGAGCUGAAUCAUGCACCACCGACGCUGACUGCCCUAACGACACAUGCCAUGACCAUCCAGGAAAUGUAAUAUGUGCAAUUCACCACGGAAAUACCGGCGUCUGCCAUUGUGAACAUCACCACCACACGCCACAUCCUCAUCCUGCAGUUAAAGCCGAGUCAUGCACCACCGAUGCUGACUGCCCUAAUGACACUUGCCAUGACCAUCCAGGCAAUGUAAUCUGUGCAAUUCACCACGGAAAUACCGGUGUCUGCCAUUGUGAACAUCACCACCACACACCACAUCCACACCCGGCGAUAAGAGCCGAGACAUGCACCACCGAUGCUGACUGUCCAAAUGACACUUGCCAUGACCAUGCUGGAAAUAUAAUCUGUGCAAUUCAUCACGGGAACACAGGGGUCUGCCAUUGUGAACACCAUCACCACACGCCCCAUCCUCAUCCUGCAGUUAAAGCCGAGUCAUGCACCACAGAUGCCGACUGUCCAAAUGACACAUGCCAUGACCACCCAGGAAAUGUUAUCUGUGCAAUUCACCACGGAAACACAGGGGUCUGCCAUUGUGAACACCACCACCAUACACCACAUCCUCACCCUGCGAUAAGAGCCGAGUCAUGCACCACCGAUGCUGACUGUCCAAAUGACACGUGCCAUGACCACCCAGGAAAUGUUAUCUGUGCAAUUCACCACGGAAACACAGGGGUCUGUCAUUGUGAACACCACCACCAUACACCACAUCCUCACCCUGCAGUUAGAAAUGAUAAAUGUUUUAAUGAUACUGACUGUCCACAAGCUACUUGUCACGGACAAGAUGGAAUUGUGACGUGUGAAAUUCAUCAUGAGGGCCACGAAGGGAUAUGCCAUUGCACACAUACUCAAAAGUCAUGGGAAGAUGAAGAAGAAUAAACACUAGAUCAACUAUUUUCUUUCUGUAUUCAUAUUUCAUAUACAUGUAUCUGAUCUUGUAUUAUUAAUCAUUAAGACUUUAUAUGUAUUUAUUG